AUGGAUGAAGAGGCCCUGUCGGAUGCAAUUGUGGCGUCGUCAUUGGCGUCCUCCCGAGCAUCCUCCGCAAGGAGAUCUCCUCCGCCCCCACCACCGCAGCGACGGGCAGGAAAUCGCUCCACCUUGCAUCUACAAACGGGCCGGAAGGAGCUAGCAGAACACCCCAGGGCGUCGAGCCCUCUCCGACACACGCUGCGCAGCCCCGCCAAGAUGAAGGAAGAAAUGAAAAACGAUCACCGACACCACCACCGGUUGCUCCCCCAUAAGCAUCCCCACAAGCAUCACGAGGGAGAUCGAAAGAGAUGGCGCGAGGAGAUCACGGAGAAGGCUCGCAAGCGAUACGAGGGCGUGUGGGCUGCAAACAAAGGGUUACAUGUGCCGACCCCUGAGCAAGUGCACCAGUACCUGUCGAUACCGGGUUCGCCAUCCAUUCAGUACCCACCGCAUCCAGAAGAGAUGGUUGCCAAGGUCGUGGUGCGUGACAUUUGGUUAAGGAGUCGUCUUCCUUCGCAUGUGUUGGGACAGGUUUGGGAGCUCGUCGAUCAACAGAAGAUUGGGCUUCUGACACGGGAGGAGUUUGUGAUCGGGUUGGCUCGGGGCCCUCUUUCCGAGGUCGAGCUCUGGCUGAUCGUCGAUGCAGGGUGGUCCCUUGUGCAUGAUGGACUUUCGGGGCCACCAGGAGUAGACAGCCAAUGA